AUGGAGAUGCCCAGACCGAAGCCCUCCAACCUCCUUCUGAGCAAUAUUCUGGUGCGCCUCUUCUCUUUCGGUGUUCUCGUGCUCCUCGCUCGUUUGGCUUACGUCAUCACCGUCAAGGGUCGAUCUUGUGAAUCCCUUGACUUCUGCUUCUUCCCUCAGUCCAUCAAAUCCAAUAUCGCAACGUCCACCACUAUCACCUCAGCCGCCGCUGUCGUUGCUGCCGCAAACAUCUCCGCCGUUCCUUCCGCCCGCCUGAAAACCUAUUAUUCCUCCAUUUUCCUAGACCUAAUUGCUCAAGGCUUCCUAUCGCUAAAUUCAAAAUCUCUCUGUAUUGGGGGCAUUACAGGAGAAGAAAUUAUUGCGUUGAAAGAGAUUGGAGUGUUCAAUUCUGCUAGGAUUUCGUUGAAGAAAUCGUCUCGGCCGUUUAUACGAUUCAAGAAUCAGACAUUUGGUUUCGUGUUUACAAGUACCGCCGGACUGGAUGAGGCGGCGAAGCCGGUGGAGUUUGCUUUGGAAGUUUACAGGAUCCUAAAGCGCGGCGGUUUCUUCGUUGUCCAUACGGAAUCAGCCAAUGAUGGGUACAGUUUCGCCUCUUUGCUUCAAUUAUUCGAUUCUUUUACAAUGAUUAAAUCGAGCGAAGUUGAUGGUUUCGAUUCAUCAUCUCCAUUGAUUCAUGAAAUCAUCUUCAAGAAGGAAAAUGGGGUUUUCAGAUUCAAUGAAAAUGAACAGUUCUUGAAUGGUGAUUCAGUGAGUAAAUGCUCUGUUCCAAGCUAUAAGCGUAAAUUGAUAAAAAAUGCAGAGCCAUUAAUUAGAGAAGAGCCAUUGAAACCUUGGAUUACAUUCAAAAGGAAUAUAAAGAAUGUGAAAUAUCUGCCAUCCAUGGUUGAUAUAAGCUUUAGGAAUCAAUACAGGUAUGUGGCCGUUGGAGCAAAGAGUUAUGGUUUGAGUAUUGGUAGUUGGUUUAAGAGACGGUAUCCUAAACAGGAUAAGCCCUUCGAAAUUUAUGCUAUUGAGGCCAAUAGUACUUUCCAUGAUGAGUAUAGAUUCAAGAAAGGGGUGACCCUUUUGCCGUAUGCAGCUUGGAUAAGGAACGAAACAUUGUUUUUUGAGAUCAAACGAGAGGCUAGUUUGACGAAUGGAAAAAGGGUUCGAGGGACAGGGAGGAAUCAAGCUGUGCAGUCUUCCAGUAAUUUUGUGAAUGUCUUCAAUAAGAUCCAAGGAUUCGAUUUUGCAGCGUGGUUGAAGAGUGUGGUGAAAGAGAGGGAUUAUGUGGUUGUGAAGAUGGACGUGGAAGGGACGGAGUUCCAUUUGGUUCCAAGAUUGAUUGAGACAGGAGCCAUUUGUUUGAUCGAUGAGAUGUUUCUUGAAUGCCAUUACAACAGAUGGCAGAGAUGUUGCCCAGAAAAGAGGAGUCCCAAGUAUUCAAACACAUAUGCUCAAUGCUUGGAAUUGUAUUCGUCUCUCCGAGAGAACGGAGUUCUUGUGCACCAGUGGUGGUGA